AAAUAAUUUGAGCAGACAAAAUGCCCACUCUUGAAGGACUCGAGGAGGCAGGACUGGAGAAAAUUCCAGAUCUCAGUAUCGCCAAGAUGAGAUUCGAACUCGCUCUUGAUGCCGAUAGCGCAAAGGAGCUCAAAAUUGAUCAGUCUGAGGUAAAAAGACAGCUGCUUGAUAAGAUAAAGGCGGGGUUCAUGACCCAGCUGUACCGAGAUGUGAGUAGUGAUCUCAAGCUGACCCUGAACAAUUCUGUUUUGGAAGAGAUGGAGGCUAAGAACAAGGAGGAACUUGAAAAACUUGAUCAGUCAAUCGAGAAUGCAGAGAAAAAUGAGGGAGAAAGUGAGGUAAGGGAAGCUAUGGUAAAGAAAUGCGAAUACCUGACACUGAUUGGCAGUAAAGAAGAAUCACUGAAAAUGUUGAAGGUAACCCUCGACAAAACCAACACUACUGGGCACAAGCUGGAUCUUCAUUUCCAUCUCAUCAGACUAGGAUUCUUCUUCAACGACAACAAGAUUAUCACAACAAACUUAGAUAAAGCUAAAGAGCUGAUUGAAUUGGGAGGAGAUUGGGAUAGAAGAAACCGAUUGAAAGUUUACUCAGGAUUGUAUGCUAUGUCAGUUAGAAAUUUCCAAGAAGCUGCUGACAAUUUCCUUGACACUGUAUCUACGUUUACAUCGUACGAACUUAUGGAUUAUUUAACUUUCAUCAAAUAUGCCAUCAUAUCGUCCAUGCUUGCUCUUGAUAGGAAGGAUCUGACCAAGAAGGUUGUCGAGGGUGCUGACAUUAACGAAGUUCUACACGAUUUGCCCCUCUUCAAGAGUUACAUAUAUUCCCUGUACAACGCACAAUAUGCUGACUUCUUUGAAGCCCUUGGUGAGAUCGAAGGAUUCCUGAAGUCCGACAGCAUUUUGGCACCACAUACAAACUACUACGUCAGGGAAAUGAGGAUCAGAUCUUACGCGCAGCUUCUGGAGUCCUACAGUUCUCUCACUGUCAACUACAUGGCCAAUAGCUUCGGCGUCUCUGAGAAAUUCAUCGACAGGGAGCUGUCUCGGUUUAUCACAACGGGAGCACUGAACGCUAAAAUCGACAAAGUGGGUGGGAUAAUUCAGACAAACAGACCAGACAAGAAAAACUGGCAGUAUCAGGCGGUGAUAAAGCAGGGCGACCUUCUACUGAACAGAAUCCAGAAACUGAGCCGGGUGAUAACCAUCUAACUGUGCUGUCCUCUGGUACCUUCCCUAAACGACAACUUCAGGGUACCGAGCGGUACCGAGCCCGCAUCUCCUCAUAACUAUACCUCUGUUUUUUCGGGGUUCCUUCCCCGCAACUCGUUAGGUAACAUGCGUUCAUCAACCGGCACUUACCCUCCUACCUGUACCUAUCCCUUUAGCAAGAGAGAGAGGCGGAUUGAGUCCAGCUCCAAAGUCAGCAGCUCAGCUCGCAGAAUACUCCCAACUCCCUGUUCGUACCACCUCACUAUCAGUUUCUACUUCUUUGUGAGAGGACCGGUGCCUCCUUUAAAAUGUUGAUAGAUGAUAAAAUGAUAGUUGCACUGAGGGAAACUCAGACCUCGUCCCCGGAGGACGGUAGAGUAGGAUAGACGGUGCCGCGGUUCUUGUAAAACUUUAUUUGUAAUGCUACCUAUUGUUAUAAAAUUAAAUUUCUUUUUGGUUGCUGCUUUUGGCAACGAUGGGAAAUUUUCGACUUUCAUUUGUUUUAAAACGGAAAUAAUUGACAUAUAAAUAUUAUAAUAUUCGAGAAUUCGGAAGUAACUUCCGGUUUUCAUGAUCAUAA